AUUGACAUAAUCACUUUGGGAAUUUUCAGUUCAGUGUAGCUGUCAGAACUGUGUGACAAUUAGUCCGGCUGGAUUCCAACUUCUCUGAUUUUUCGAUAUUUCUCAUAAAAUUCUGAAAAAAUGUCUGCCUGGAGAGCUGCUGGUUUGACCUAUGUCAACUAUUCCAACAUCGCUGCCCGAGUGGUGCGACAGGCCUUGAAGGCUGAUCUGCGUGCCGAGGCCGCCCGCCGUAAUGAGUCGCACGUUAAGUUCACUCCUUGGACCGACGGCAAACCUGCCCAUGAAAAGUAGAAUAGAAGUCUUGCCUAGGGCUCACGCACCACAACACAAACCGAAUAAAAAUCCCAAUUUGCAACCGCUUAUUGUCAUACAAUAGUUUUAUGAGGAAUAAAUCGAUGAAAUAGA